AUGGUCGGCCCCCGCAUCCGGAACACAUACGCGCAGCAGCUCCAGGAGGAGCGGCUGGAGAAACUUUGUGAUGACAACGCUUUUGUUAAUGUAACCGAUGUACUUCGUAGGCAACGGCGUGAUGCACCUCCAGCGAAUGGCGUUGCUUCAGAGACUGAGUUCUUGGAGGAAAGUGUGGCGUCGGCCACCGCCCCGUCGCGUAUUCACCUUAGCCGAUUCAUCCUGGAACAACACCGUACCUACUUAAAGGCCAUGGGAUUGAAUGAGGAUGAAAAGCAGCAUCGAGAGACCAAGGCGGAGGGAGAUUCAUCUUCCGUGUCGACGUGGUCGUCUGCAGCAUCUUCUGAGAAGGAUGAGUUAGUUGCUCCUCCGGUUCGCGGCAAGCGUAUGCGGCGGGACGCCAAGCCACAUGCAGAAAAAGAUAAGAGGAGUGGCCGGAGGACUUCAUGUGGUUCAGCAAGUGGUAAUAACGACGAUAUCGAAUGUGAUAAGGAUUCUACGACGGCUUCCUCUGACGACUUGGCCCGUGAAUGCCAAUACAUCCGUUCCUGGUUGCUUGCACAAGGGUUGAACUCGUCCGAGCUUCGGGUUCCUCCGGUGAGCUACGCGUCAAUGACGGCGCCACCACCGGCUCAUGCGGGUGGUCAUCACUUGUGCUCCGUUUGUUUGCUUCCCGCGGGUUACAGAUGCGUACGUUGUCGCACUGCGCUUUUUUGCUCUAUCGAAUGUCAUGUUGUGCAUGAGGCAACUAGGUGUAUGAAGUUCAUAGUGUGA